AUGGCGAUCAGGGCCCGGGGUUGGCGGCCCCCGCCGCCGCCGCUGCUCCUGCUGCUGCUCUGGGUGACCGGGCAGGCGGCGCCCGUGGCGGGCCUGGGGCUGGGCUCCGACACGGAGUUGCAGAUCGAGCGGCGCUUCGUGCCCGACGAGUGUCCCCGCACCGUGCGCAGCGGCGACUUCGUGCGCUACCACUACGUGGGAAUGUUCCCAGACGGCCAGAAGUUCGACUCCAGCUAUGACAGAGACUCCACUUUCAACGUGUUUGUGGGAAAAGGACAACUGAUUGCAGGAAUGGACCAAGCUCUGGUCGGGAUGUGUGUAAAUGAGAGGCGUUUUGUGAAGAUCCCCUCAAAGCUGGCCUACGGAAGUGAAGGAGUUUCUGGUGUGAUUCCCCCAGAUUCAGUGCUUCAUUUUGAUGUACUUCUGAUGGAUAUUUGGAAUUCAGAAGAUCAGGUUCAGAUUCACACUUACUUCAAGCCCCCCAGUUGCCCUCGGACCAUCCAGGUGUCUGAUUUUGUUAGGUACCACUACAAUGGAACGUUCUUGGAUGGGACACUGUUUGAUUCGAGUCACAAUCGCAUGAAAACAUAUGACACAUAUGUGGGAAUUGGCUGGCUGAUUCCUGGAAUGGACAAAGGGCUGUUGGGGAUGUGUGUGGGAGAAAAGCGCAUCAUCACCAUACCUCCUUUUCUGGCCUAUGGAGAAGAUGGAGAUGGUAAAGAUAUACCUGGGCAGGCGUCUCUGGUGUUUGAUGUUGCAUUAUUGGACCUCCAUAACCCCAAGGAUGGCAUUUCCAUUGAGAAUAAGGUAGUACCUGAAAACUGUGAGCGGCAAAGUCAAACGGGGGACUUUCUCAGGUAUCAUUACAACGGCACACUUCUGGAUGGCACAUUCUUUGAUUCCAGCUACUCGCGGAACCGCACCUUUGACACGUACAUUGGGCAGGGCUACGUGAUUGCUGGGAUGGAUGAAGGUUUACUCGGCGUUUGCAUUGGAGAGAAGCGGAGGAUCGUGGUCCCCCCUCACCUGGGGUAUGGUGAGGAAGGAAGAGGGAACAUCCCCGGCUCGGCCGUGCUGGUGUUUGACAUCCAUGUGAUUGACUUUCACAACCCUUCAGACUCCAUCAGCAUCACCUCCCACUAUAAGCCCCCCGACUGUUCAGUGCUGAGUAAGAAGGGGGAUUACCUCAAGUAUCACUACAACGCCUCGCUUCUGGAUGGGACCCUGCUGGAUUCCACGUGGAACUUAGGUAAAACGUAUAAUAUUGUUCUGGGAUCUGGACAAGUCGUGUUGGGAAUGGAUAUGGGUCUCAGAGAGAUGUGCGUUGGAGAGAAACGGACUGUGAUCAUUCCACCCCACCUGGGCUAUGGGGAGGCUGGUGUGGAUGGAGAAGUGCCCGGGAGUGCUGUGUUGGUGUUUGACAUCGAGCUGCUGGAGCUCGUGGCCGGCCUGCCGGAGGGGGACAUGUUCAUAUGGAACGGCGAGGUGUCAGCCAACCUCUUUGAAGAAAUUGACAAGGACGGCAAUGGAGAAGUCCUCCUGGAAGAGUUCUCAGAGUACAUUCAUGCCCAGGUGGCAUCUGGCAAAGGGAAACUUGCCCCUGGAUUCGAUGCUGAGAUGAUUGUGAAGAAUAUGUUCGCCAACCAGGACCGGAAUGGAGAUGGGAAGGUCAUGGCUAAGGAAUUUAAACUCAAAGACCAGGAGGCAAAACACGACGAACUCUAA